AUGUGGAAGUUACAAGAUUUCGAUCCCUUCGUCCAAAUACUAGAUUCACCUCAGCUCGGGAAUUCUCAGCACGAGGCCCAAGAAUUUUUCGCCGCACAAUCCAGCAAUAACUGCCACAUACACCGCCCAACCUCCAACUUGCGCAACAUUGACGAAACUGUCAGCUGUUACUACCAGAAUGCAGGUGGUCUAAGAUCUAAAAACCACCAACUUUCGACAAACUCAGUAGCUUCAAACUUGGAUAUAAUAGUCAUCACUGAAACCUGGCUAAACGAAGGCUUCUCAGAUGCAGAACUAUCCUCUUCUGAGUACAUGGUCUUUAGACUAUGCAACCUGCAAGAGGAGGAGCCGUACUCAUAG